GGCAUGUGUUUUGUUGUGUGUCAUGCUUCCUCUUGCUACUCUUGGUUUUUGGUUCUGGCGAAAAAAGCGUGUUCUGUCCAAUAAAACGAGAAAAAAUCUGAUUUUAGGUCAUUCCUACUAUGCAUACGCAUGAGCAUUUCAAGGCGCCAGCGAAUGAAGACGAGCUCGAUGACAUUGAUGACGAUAUGGUAGUUGGUGUAAUAGCUGAAAUUGAACAGGAGGUGCUUAACGAAUCCGAGAGCGAUGACGAUGAAUACGAUUUGGUGGACAUGGGCGCACCAGAGCCGCAACAAGCUGAUGGCCACAGCAGCUCGAAUGAGAGCAUCAGCAGCGAUGGCAGUUUCGAUCCUAAUGCGGAAGACACAGACUCCGAUGAUUCAAUGAUAGAUGAGGCUGCAGCUGGUGGAGCGAGCAGUGCCAAGAGGCGCAAGGAGCAAACGGCAGCAGAUGGAGUGGGAGCAAGUGGUUCGGGCGCCAGUGGAGGUGCUGAUUAUUCACAUUUGGAUGACGAUGAUGAAACGGAUGAGACAGUGCGUGCUAUUAUAGCAGCUAUAAAGAAGCCACGCAGUGCACCGCCAGAAAUCAAAUUAGAGGAUUUCAUCACAGACAUUUGCUUCCAUCCAGAGCGCGAUAUAAUCGCUCUGGCGACCAUAAUUGGUGAUGUGCAUCUGUACGAGUAUGGUAACGAGGAGAAUAAACUGUUGCGCACCAUUGAGGUGCACGCCAAGGCCUGUCGCGAUGUCGAGUUCACGGAGGAUGGACGCAGUUUGAUUACAUGUUCCAAGGACAAGUGCGUCAUGGUCACCGACAUGGAAACGGAGAAGCUCAAGAAGCUAUACGAGACGGCACACGAUGAUGCCAUCAAUAAGCUGCAUGUGCUCGACGAGCGUCUAUUUGCCACUGGGGAUGACGCCGGCACCGUUAAGCUUUGGGAUUUUCGCACCAAAGAUGCCAUAUUCGAGCUGAAGGAGGUGGAGGAUCAGAUCACCCAAAUGCUAACCAACGAACAGAAUAAGCUGCUGUUGGCGACCAGUGCCGAUGGCUAUUUAACCACCUAUAAUAUCGGUGCUCGUAAAUUAUAUGUGCAAUCGGAGCCGUACGAGGAGGAGCUCAACUGCAUGGGCAUUUAUCGUGGCAGCUCCAAGCUGGUGGCGGGCACCUCUAAAGGACGCCUUUAUACAUACAAUUGGGGCUAUUUUGGCUAUCAUUGCGAUAUGUAUCCGGGCAUCAAGAGCCCCAUAAGUCUGAUGAUACCCAUUACGGAUAGGAUUGCCUGCGUGGCUGGCGAGGAUGGUAACAUUCGUGCCUGUCACAUUGCGCCCUACCGCAAUCUGGGCGUUGUGGGCCAGCAUAAUAUGCCCAUCGAAUCGCUGGACAUCAAUUGCAGCGGUGAACUGUUGGCAUCCUCGUCACACAACAACGAUGUGCGCUUUUGGAAUGUAAAAUAUUUCGAGGACUUUGGCGACAUCAAGUACAAUGAGAAGCACAAUGCCUACAAGGAGAAACGUCACAAUUUGCCCUCAUCCAAGUGCACAAACGCCUCGGACUUCUUUGCCGAUAUGACCAAGGAUCAUGACGAUGACGACAAUGAUGGUGGAAACGAUACAGCUGCUGGACCCAGUAAUGUAACCUAGACAUAGGAUGUCUCUAUCUCAGUCAUAAAAAAAUCUGUAGCUUGGCAUUAUAUAUAUAUCAUUGUUAAACAUUUAACAAUUUUUAGCUGUAGUUUUUAAGUCCUUGUGCUGUAAAAGCUUAAUAAAAG